GAUUUAUACAACCACAAUUCUACUUAGUUACACAAAAUGACGUAAUGUUAAACUAGGGCAGGUUCGCUUGGAGGUAGUAAUUUUGAUUACAUAUGUGUAAAUUCUGUAAAGAAAAUGGUUAUAUUCCGAUUUAUACACGUUUUGCUGUUAUCAUCAUGUGGAUUAAGCCAGACUUAUGAUGAACUUAAAGCCCAAAUACCAGAAAGGCCAGAAUUUAAUGGUGCCAUGGGGAAAUAUCUUAAUUAUCCAGGAUUAAAUUACGAACCAAACUUGGAAUCAGUUAGAGGACUUAUUAGAUUCAAUAAAGCUAGAGCUUCAACUUACAACCUCUAUACAGAGCGACUUGAUUCUGUUCUUCCACAUCCAGAAUAUUUCGUUCAGUAUCAAUACAACCAAAUUGACUGUAGGGAUAUCGCGGAAUAUCGGCUUGUUGAAGAUUUGCAUCAUUAUUGUAGGUUUGAUAUCAUAGAACUUGGAGCAGAGUGUGUGAAGCAAUAUGGUUAUGGCUUUGAAGAUGGUCAACCGUGUAUUGCCUUACAUUUAGACCGUAUUCUAAAUUGGUUGCCUGAACCCUAUACUAAUGACACGGUUCCUGAAAAAAUACGGGACAUCUGGACAGAAUACGCUGUUACCGUCCAUUGUGAAGGGGAGGAUCCUGUCACUAAGGACAAUCUUGGGAAUGUAGUUUACUACCCAUCGAAUGGAUUUAAGUUUAGAUAUUUUCCAAACACUGGAUUGGAAGGCUGGCAGAGCCCACUGGUAUUUGUACGAUUAGACGAGCCAAAUCCUGCUAUUGCCUUGAGAGUCACGUGCUCAGCUUAUGCUAAGAAUAUGAAACACGAUGAUAUUUUGCAUACUGGCAAAGUCUCUUUCGAUGUCAUGGUCGAUUAAAUAUGUCAUCAUCCAUAAAGAGAUAGAUAGAUAGAUACUUUUAUUUCCUCCAAAGAUGAAGAGCAUAACAGUAUUUACAGAUACAAUAUUUACAGUAACAAUACAUGUAUAAUACCAUUUAAAUAUUAUGCGAUAACAUUACAAAAAUAUAUCAUAACAGAAACAAAAAUCAUAUAUAUU